AUGGACAUUUUCGGGGAUAAAGUGAUGAUAUGAUGGCCGAGUAAAACGAAGAAAUCGUCAAAGAAAGAACCGAAUAAAGAGAAAAGCGAAGAUGAAAAUUCAAGUACUGUCGGUUCUGCCAGUGUGAUCAAUUCAGAGGCAGAAGACUGUGAGGAAGGAGCAAACGUACAGGAGACAGUCGAGAAACAAAAGCCGGAGACGAUGAAGAGAAACAGUAGGCGAAAGGAGGCACCAAACAAUGCAAAGUCGCGUGCGAGUGAUCAAAGUUGUGAUGUUAUUAAAAGCAGGAUGAGUAAAAGUAGAGGAAAAAGGUUGUGUGACUUAGCUAUGGCCAGCUCAACAUACAUUAGUAGUGGUGUGGAAUGGGAAAAUAUUAUUGAAAAUGCGCCAAUUGUUUUAUUGGAGAAUAGUGAUAUUCAAAUUCCAGCAAAUUCUGUUGAUACAACAAACAUUACAAAUUUGCUUUCAGAUUCAGAAACUUUUAUAGAAGCUGAAGUAAAUACGUUGGAACUACCUGAUUUGGGAACAAAUAUGACAAUGGAGGUCGUAUUGGACAAUAAUCCUGAAUUAGCCAGCUAUAAUUCACCCAAGGCCCUAGUAUUCAACCAGGAUGUCCACAGUAAUUUAACGACUUUCCUGGAAGGCUUAGAAAAUAUAUUUAAAAGCUACGGGCUGGACAAGAAAGACGAUGAGGUUAAGGUGGCUAUCUUGUUAAACAUUGCUGGUCAAGAAGCUCAGAAGAAAUUUAAAAAUUUCAGUUUAAGUGAGGAAGACAAAAAAAAGUUCGAGGUGGUUGUAAAUGUAUUAAUGGAGUACAGAACAACUCCUUUAACAGGAAUUGGAUUAUCCCCAUCUGAACUUCUCAACAACAGGGUUCUUAUGAAAGCUAUUCCGGUAUCUCAAAAAGUUCUAUCUAAAAAACCCAUAGUUGAAAUAGAUUAA